AUGCCCAUGAUGCCGGGCUCUUCCUUCGCGCCAUCUUCCAAACACGAGUCUCACGUCCCCACUUUCCUGGUUCGAUCCGCCACAGAGCAGGACCUCGCCAACGUUGAGCCAAAGUCCCUGCACACCUUCGCCUACGGCGGCAUGGCUCAGUCAUCCCCAUCAGCCGAAUCCACCUCGGCCUUUUCGCCAUCGACACAAUACCGCACCACCUUCUCCAACCCUUCCUCUUCCUCCAUCUCAUCUGCAGGUCAUCCUAGAUCUGCGUCCCAUCGCAAUUCGUUCAGCUCCGUCUCCGUCUCCCUCUCCGAGCUCGGCAGCUCGGCCAUGAGCGAUCGCCUCAGCUGGGGUCGCGGUCUAAAGAGGCAGAGCAAGCGCAGCUCACACGACGCAAAGGCUGGCGGAAGCUUGCGAACCUUUGACUCGGCCAGGAAGGACGGUGGCCGCCUUCGAUCCCACACCGAGGGUUCUCAGUUCUCGAAUCCCAACAGUGGCGACAUCUUCCUCUACUCCAGCCGAAAUCUCGAUGCCAGCUCAGAGGGAUCUCAGCAGCCUCGCUUCCUACACCAGCGUCGCAAGUCGGACGGCCCACAGCGCUACAGACUCGACAUCGGUCCCGACUCUUCCUCCUACAAGCGUGGCCAUCGCAUGUUCCGUUCCCAGUCAUCCAACUCUCUCUCGCACGCUUUCUUGGACACCCGCGCCCAGAAACCUCAAUCCAAGAACAGUGCUCACAGUCUAAGCCUUGUCAAGGAUGAAGACGAAGAGGACACCGUAAGCGCGUCCGGCAUCGGCACGCCGGGCUCGCCUUUGCCAGAGUCGGAAACGUUGCAAGACUGGUACGAUCACGACGUAUUGCGGCCGUCUUGGAGAAGGGUCGACGAUCAGGAUGCGCUGGACCGUCAAGCCAUCAUGGCAUCGAGCACCUCUUCCAAGACGCUGCGCAGGCGCUCCGGUGAGAUCGUCAACGUGGCAGCUCGCUCGGCUGCACAGGCGACAAAGAAGGGUCUGCGCGUCAUCCGCAGAGCAGGCAGUUUCGACGUAGGUUCCAAAGCGUCCGCUCAGACGGUGCAAGACCGUCAUCGUUCCCGCUCCAACUCGUCGUCCUCUCUCUUUGCCAAUCUUGGUUUAGUGCCCCGACUCGACCUUCGCCAUCAGCGCUCUCAGACGUUGUACCAGCUCCAAGUACCCGAGGCAGCGCAGCUCGACACGCCUAAAAAAAGUCUACAGGCAUCGCUUUCUCUCCCUACUUCGGUCACGCAUUCUCCAAAGCUGCAUGGUCUUGGCCUCCUCGGGGAAGGCACGAAAAUUCAAUCUUCGCGCUUUUCCCAAAUCACCGAAGCGGACGAUGAAGACAGGUCCUUCUCCAAAGAACUGCCGCAAAUCCCGUCCUCGACGCAGACCACGCCUUCCUCUGAAAGCGACCAGGAGCUGCAGCUGCGUAGAUUCAACUCGUCCGACGGCAUCGAGGAAGAGGAGCGUGGAAGACCAGCUCCGAUCACCAAAUCGGAGCAGACAAUCGUCCCGGACCACGCACGACCACAACCCACGUCUCCCAGCCGUUCCGAGAGCGAUCGCCGUCAUGGCCUCGCCAAGCGUUCUUACGCCGCCCUCAUUGACCUGCUCAAUCCGACGCUGCACAAGGACGCCAAGCCGCCAUCGCGUGGGCGUCAAGCAUCGCUCGGCGGCGUCGAGCCGGUUCGAGUGCUUGCACAUGGUGACAACGGUGGUAGAAGCACGUCUUCCGGUGGAGGCGCGUCUGGCGGCUCGUCUGGUGGCAACAGCGGCGGCGGUCGCAGCAACGGCAUGCAUGGCACAGGAGGUGGAAACACCAGCGGUGGUGGGGGCGGCGCCGGUCAGCUCAACGGCGGCAAUGGAGGUGGUGGGCCCCCGGAUCGUCGCGGCGGUCCACCUCGUGGCGCAGGCAGCGGCGCUGCGGAUGCAGCUCCACCGGUCAACUCUGUCUACCGACGACUCGAGCUCGUCGGACGAGGAGCUUAUGGAGCCGUCUACCGCGGCGUCCACGUCGAAACGGGCGCAGCAGUCGCGCUCAAGGUGGUCAACCUCGACACGCCGGACGACGACGUCAGUGACAUCCAACGCGAAGUCGCUCUGCUUAGUCAGCUUCGCGAAGCUGCAUCGAAGAACGUCGUUCGGUAUUGGGGCUGCUGGCUCAAAGGUCCAGAGCUGUGGAUCGUCAUGGACUUUGCCGAGGGUGGCAGUGUUCGCACGCUCAUGAAAGCCGGACCCAUCGCCGAGCGGUACUGUGCCGUGAUUGUGAGGGAGACGUUGGUCGCGCUCAACUAUCUGCACAAGUCGGGCAUCAUCCAUCGCGACAUCAAGGCUGCCAACAUCCUGCUCACCAGCACCGGCCGCAUUCUCCUGUGCGACUUUGGUGUCGCUGCAUCGUUGGCCUCCAACAGCGUCCAUAGCAAGCGCAGCACGUUCGUCGGAACACCUUACUGGAUGGCACCCGAGGUCAUCACCGAAGGCAAGACAUACGACCAAAAGGCAGACGUCUGGAGUCUCGGCAUCACCAUCUACGAGAUGGCUACGGGCAAUCCACCGCUAGCCGACGUGGAGCAGAUGCGGGUUAUCAUGCUGAUCCCCAAGAGCAAGCCACCUAGGUUGCCGGCAGAGGGCGAUUUCUCGCCGGCGAUGCGAGACUUUGUAGCCGCGUGUCUGAACGAAGAGCCCAAGGAGAGGGCGACUUCGGAGGAGCUGAACAAGCUGAAGUGGAUCAAGACGUUUGCCAAGACGCCGUCGAGCGUGUUGAAAGACGUGAUACGGGCGUACAAUGCGUGGACCAAGGCGGGCGGGAUGCGGAUGAGUUUGAUCGGCGCAGAGACGGCUGAAUGGGGCGAAGCGGGGAGCAGGGACUCGUUUGCGUUUGAUGGGAGGGAAAUGGGUGAAGGGUGGGAGUUCAAUACGCUGAGGAGUGUCAGGGAGUGGGAUGAGGAGGAAGGCGAAGGAGAGGAGGAGAGUGCACCGAUUCCGAUUCGAGAUCAUCCGCUGUUGAGGUUGUUCGACAUGGAGGACGGGGAGGGGGCUGUGGGUGCAGCUGCCACUGCUGCUGCAUCGACAGUGAAACCGGGUCUCACUGCACACGCACAGGAAAAAGCAAGCUUCACGGGUACCGGCAACACUCCCUUCCGAUUUGGCGUUGCAGCCCCGGUCCCGCCUUCGCCUCUCAAGGAGGUUGCACCCGCGCGAGCCAACUUGAUCAUGCGGAAACGAUCUCAAUCGCUCACCAAGCCGAGUAGCACUUCUUCAGCAUCCUCUUCCAUCAACGCCACGACGGAAGCAGCUGCGAUCGUGAUCCCGGACUCUCGGUCUUUGCACGACCUCACCCCUGCAGCGGUCAAAUCGCGACCCCCCGCAGCGGGAGUUCGAAUGGGCAGAGCCGAGAGCAACGACCACGCUCCGCUCGGAGACAUUGCCCAUCACCGUCAAAGUCACGGCGGCAGCGACCCCACCUUCGCCGGCGACCGAGCGAACAGCCGCCUAGCCCGGUUGAGAGCUGGCUACGCCGUCGUCGCACCACCGGCAGCACCGGCGAGGGAGAGAAAGGACAGCGGCAGCACCAGCGAAGGAGCACGAAGCGUCAUCACAGCGAAUGCAGCACAGAGGCAAGCAACGGCGGCGAUGGCGUUGGAAAAGGGACCCGAGCUGAGGCCCUUGGAUUUCGAGGCUCUGAAGACCAAGGAUGAGGUCGCGGCAUGCUUGGGCAGGACGGUGGAUGAUCUAGGGCGGUGGUUGGAUGUGGUCAGUUUUGGGCUGGGGAGAGCUGUGAAUGGGGAUGUCUGA